AUGCAUCUUUUCCAACAACAACCAUAUGCUGGUUUUGCACCUCAACAGCCAUAUGCUGGUCUUGGACAAAACUGUGCACAAUGUGUAUUAACACCUGGUUUGAAUAAUUAUUUUCCUGGUUAUUCUCAACCACAACAACAAUAUUCACAAUAUGGUGCAUAUGGCAAUCCAUAUCAACAACAACAAUUCUACUAUCCACAACAGCAACAACAACAACAAUAUCCAUUUUAUCCCCAACAGGCACAAGCUCAGUUUUAUCCACAACAGGCACAAGCCCAAUUUUAUCCACAGCAGGCACAAGCUCAAUUUUAUCCGCAACAGCAAACACCAUUCUGUUUUCCACUACAACAACAACAACAACAACAACAGUAUCCAUUUUACCCACAACAGCAGGGAAAUUUAGGGCAAAAUGCUUAUGGUUUUCAACAAUAUUCGCCACAACAACAAUAUCGUGUUUUUGAAGGUCCAGCAUCACCUGUACAUCAUAAAAAAGAAAAAGCCAAGGGAAUCUAUUAA